GUAUGGUCAGUCUUCCCAAGUAAGACCCUGAAUACUGUACUUGGGGAAGAACAGAUGAAGAAAGGUGGAGUUAUAAAAUAGGCCACUCACAGAUAAACAGGAUGCUGGUAUGUUACUUGUACAAUCUCCCAAUGCCUAAUAAUGACCACAUUUGGAUCUUCAAAUUUUCCACUGUGUACUUUUCUCAGGAGAAAACCUUGGACUAGAGAUAAGACCAUUACCAAAACUGUAUUUCUAGCAGCUCCCACGUCCAGUCAACCAGUCUGGGCUUGAGGCUGAACCAAGACCAUGAAGUGCCUGCUGCUUCUCGCCUUUAUUGGGGUGGCUGUUGCCUUCCCCACCUUUGCUGAAGAUGAUGAUGACAAGAUUGUGGGAGGCUACACCUGUGCAGAACACUCUGUGCCCUAUCAGGUGUCUCUGAAUUCUGGAUAUCACUUCUGUGGAGGUUCCCUCAUCAGCAGCCAGUGGGUCGUGUCGGCUGCUCACUGCUACAAAUCUCGCAUCCAAGUGCAGCUGGGGAAACACAACCUGGAACUCAGCGAAUCUACUCAGCAGUUCAUCAACUCUGCUAAAGUCAUCCGCCACCCUGGCUUCAGUGCCUACACCCUGGACAACGACAUCAUGCUCAUCAAGCUGGCCACCCCAGCCCAGCUCAACAGAGCUGUCCAAACCGUUCCUCUGCCUACCAGCUGUGUGGCCACCGGCACCACCUGCCUGAUCUCCGGCUGGGGCAACACUCUCAGCAAUGGCGUUUACAACCCAGAUGAAUUGCAGUGCCUGGACGCUCCGGUCCUCUCUGCCUCUGAGUGCUCCGAUGCCUACCCCGGGCAAAUCACCAAGAACAUGAUGUGUGUAGGAUUCCUGGAGGGAGGAAAAGACUCCUGCCAGGGAGAUUCCGGCGGUCCCGUGGUCUGCAAUGGAGAGCUCCAGGGCAUUGUUUCCUGGGGUUUUGGAUGUGCCCAGAGGGGCUAUCCCGGAGUUUACACCAAGGUCUGCAACUACGUCUCCUGGAUCCAAUCCACCAUGGCCUCCAACUGAGAUGCUCUUUUGCCGUGACCUGUAUUUUCUCAUCAUCAUUUCUGUUCUUUUGGAUUUGGACAAGCAAAUAUUAUGAAAAAUUAAUAAAGACUUUCAGG